GGGGAGCGCGCGCCGGCACCCGGGGCGCUGGAGCCCGACGCGGCGGCGACCCCCGCGGCCCCGAAUCCAGCCUCUCUUCCCACCCCGCUGGCCUCUGCCUGCACACCGAGGUUAUGCCCCCUGUCCUUUGGUGAAGGAGUGGAGCUUGACCCCUUACCACCGACAGAAGUAAGGUACACUUCCUCGGUCAAGUAUGACUCAGAGCGGCACUUCAUUGACGACGUCCACCUGCCCUUGGGCCUGGCCAUGGCCUCCUGCAGCCAGACGGUCACCUGCAUCCCCAAUUGCACCUGGCGCAACUACAAGGCCGAGCUGCGUUUUGAGCCCCGUCACAAGGCUACCCGCUUCCUCAGCACCACCAUCGUCUACCCCAAGUUCCCCAAGACCGUCUAUACCACCACCCUGGAUUACAACUGCCGCAAGACGCUGAGGAGGUUCCUGUCCAGUGUGGAGCUUGAAGCCACGGAGUUCCUGGGCAGUGAUUACCUCUCAGAUGAGUGCUGACUCAAGCAGGCUGGGUGGGGCUGGACCAGCUCUUCUGCUGCCCUGGUCAAGUUGGGCCACAUUGCCCUUGAGUGUCACUCAUGCCCCCAGGAGUCUAAUCUAGAGAUACCUCUAAGCCCAGUCUGGGGAAGAAAAAAAAAAUGUCAUGGCAUUUUACAAUAAUUGAGAAAAUUUGGUUUUUUAAAAAAUGUUCAAAUUGUUUGCAAAAGGAGUGUAUUUCUAGUUUGCUGCUGCAUAGUUUCCCCCAAAGUCUCAAUUUGAUGAGAAAAUAAAAAAGACCACUAGAGCAAAAGGAAAACAAUUUGAAAUAGGGAGAUGAGAGCUCCUCUUCCAUUGGUCUGUUUGUCUGAGAAGGAGCAUGGAAAAAGUCUCUGGAAAAGUGAGUUUUGAGAAAUUUCAGCUCCGGGUGUCUUCACUGCUAUGAAAGUGGUGCUAAUUCAGUAAGCUGUGACACCCAUAUGGGUUCAAUCUGUGGAGAGUUGAGUUCCAUUCCAUUUUUUAUUUCCAUUUCCAUUUCUAUUUCCUGUUAACCAAAACACUUGGAAUUCUCUAAAUCUUUUUCAUGACAUCGAAGAACCCCAAACCACAAUAGAAGAUGCCUUUUUUUAAAAAAAGAAAAGGUUCAUCCUGUUUUCACCUCUUCAGGAGGGUCGGGUCAACUGGUGGCUGAGUUUGGGAGCAAUGGCUUCCCUUCUGGUUCCUUCCACCGAUUGCUUCUGAGCUCAGGCCCUGGCAAAGCGCCUCGCACCCUUGGCAUCUGGUAAUGUCUCUACAGGCUUGUGUAACUCUCCUGAUAUGUGUUUUGGGGUUUCCAAAUAGUUUCCUAUUUUUUCAUAAGGCAAAACAUAGCAAAGACAAACGGCAUUUUCUUUUGAGAGAAAUGGCACUUUAAAAGAAUGCUUAGGAACAAUGCUUUUGGGGACUCCCCACGGUGGGGUUUCACUCACGAUGGGCGCAGGUGGCCAGCCACACCUAGGACCUGACGACAUCUGUCUAUGUUUCAGGUGAUGUGCUUCAUCCCGAUGGGUGUCCUCUCCUGGGACCCUGGGUCAAAGCUCUUAGGACUUUGAUUGUGUCCACAUUGCUGAGGAGGUCUGCCAGUGCCUUAGGUCUAAGCCAACAGCAAGGAAUUGGCACCCCCUCCUCCCCUGGGUGAAGCAAAGGUGAAUUCAAAAUAGGGAAUGAUGUCACAAGUCCACCUCCAAAACCUGGGUGCUAUUGUGACAGUACACAUUUAAGUGUUCAGUUUAGUGUAAGUGACACUCAUGGCGUUAGGUGUGAAUUGAAGAAACUUUGUGAAUUCAGCUGAACUGGCCUCCAAAGCAGGGAGCGGGGACUGGGCCAGGAAGCUGUGGUGGGUCAGGCUGCCUCUGGCUUCACCCACUACACGCCCUGCCUCACUCCAAACCUUUACUUCUUCCUCCUUCUAAUCCUUGAAGUUUUUGAGUGAAGAAAGUGGCAGAUGGCUUUUUCUCUUCCAAGACUGGAAAGAACAAAUUGUGAAUAUUUCCUCUGAAUACAUUCAAAUUAUGUCUAGGGCUCGAGGGUUAUAGAAUACUGUAAGCUCAGACUCCCACUAUCUUUCCGGGUUUCUGUUGACAGCUUCCAUCUGUCCAGAAAGCAGAAUUGAUAGCUCUAUGGGUACCCUGGAGCCGCAGCAGGGACUUUUGUUCCGUGGAGAGCAGGUGUGAUGAUAAUCACGCUCAUUUAAAGUCAUUGGAGGCCUAUAGAGCCAAAUUGUCUGGUGUCCUUUUCAGAUUUAACAGUGUUUAGUCUGUCGUGCUAACUGAUUGGACACAUCCCUUUAGUGGAGCCUGCAGUGGGUUGGAUGGUCCCGAGUUUGCCACAGUGAGGCUCAGCAGGGACCCCUCAGAGGGGCAUUCUGGGACCCCAUAGUCUCCUUAGUCAAGUAGAGCAACAAAUACUUCCUCUGUUUGGAAGAGUAAAUGUCAUGGCAUUUAUAGAUAAAAAAUGGAUUUUUCUCUGAUUCCAUAACCUUGUCAUUUAAGAUAACUAGUAAACAUAAUUUUUAAAUUAUGUUAGAAUUCCCAAGGCCUUGCUCUGGCCCCAAGGGGACACGUGAAUGAGCUCAGAACGCUACCAAGGGCAGCAAGGCAGAAGAGACAAGUGCGGGAGAGGAUGACCGGCUUUUGAUCAAAGUAAGGUUCUGAGAUGUCCAUAGGAGAUUUUGGUUUAGGGGGAUUGGGUUAAGUUCAGGCAAAUCAUGCUAGGGGUGGAGAGAAUCUGAACUAUAUCAGUCAAGUAAGUAGAAGUGAGUGAUUGUGAAUGUGUGAUGCUAAUGGAAAAGCAGGUUUUAUUUUUAAGUUAUUCACCAGGGAGCCAACUUCUUUCUAGUCCUCUUUCUUUAAACCUGCUUGGCUGUAAGUUGCAGGAAAGGAAGCAUGUGACGACACAGUGGGACACUUCAGGGUAGAUAAAUGACAUCAAUCAGUGGUGGAUCAUGUUGGUUUGCAAGAUGGAAACAAUUUUUUAAAACUCGCUCAUUAAAACCAAACAUUCCUAAGUGUAUCUGGGAGAUACAGUUUGCUUGUCAAUUAAAAUGUCUCUUUUCUCAGUCUGUAAAAUUAUGGCUUUCAUGUAAUAAGGAUGAUUGUAUUUUCAGAGAAAAGCUGUUUUGUUUUCAAAUCUGGGCCUUUAAAAAGAAUGAUUACCUUUCAUUUGACACUCUUCCUGUUUAUAACCUUAGGAAAUUCAGAAUAGUAUUUAACAAAAACUAUUUUUUAAAUUUAUCUUUGACAACUGUCCCACUCCAUUUUGCUUUGUGAUGUCUUCAUUUAACAAUAAAUUAUCUAAAAAGAA